AUGUCGGUUUAUAAGCUGUAUUACUUUAAUGUCCGUGGUAGAGGUGAAAUUUGCCGACUUGCAUUUGAAGCGGCGAAUAUUGAAUAUGAAGACAUUCGGUUAGAUGGCGAAGACUGGGUCAAGGAGAAGGAAUGUAAGUGAAAAAUUCUCGUGACCUCUGAUUUGACGGAUUUUUAUAUAUAUAUAUGUUAUUGUUAUUAUCGCUACAGUGUAUUUAAAAAAGUUUAGGUAAUUUAUUUGGUUCUGUAUUGUAAAAAGCUGGCCACGUACUCCGUAUCUCCAGUCCGAACCCAGCCUUACAUAAAAAAUCAGUACUUUUAUUGAUCGAAUUUAACAGUUCUUGUUGUCUGAAAGAUCGAGACAUUAUCAGUAGUAAGUAGUCCUUCUAUCAUCGCAAAAAUAUUGUAAUUCUGGGAGUAGUGAAAUGAAAAGCCAAAGAAGCUAUCGAGGGCCAGGCCGGGGGCCAGGCGACUGACUUACUAUGGUGAACUGAAAAGAAAAAUGUCUUGUAAAAUAAUGUCGCUUUCCCCCAAAGCUUUAUUACCAUUCUAGUACUUUACCAAAACCCUUUUAAAUUUAAAAAAAAUGUGUGAAUAAGUGAGCUGUACGAUCACACAAAACUGGUUCAAAGCGGUUAAGAGCACAGGGUACCCACUCAAGCUUCCAAAGUAAACGGGACAACCUCCUUACUACCUUUCCUAACGACCUAUGCGCCGUAGUCAACGGGAUCUCGGCAUUCAAAGACCAUUUCGUAAGGAAACUCCAUUAAAUUGCUUAAUCAAGCUUCUGAAAGCGACCCGGGCUUCGACUAGAAAUACGUAAAUCGCAGGACCUCGCGAACGACUUGGGGGAACGGCAAGUAAAGCCGAGAAGAAAAUUUGUGAAUAAAAAAUUGUGAGCUAUAUAUAGAAACAUAACAAAACUGUUAUACCUAAAAUGAAAACUAAACUAAAAGAAAAGAAGAAAAAGAAGAAAAGAAAAGAAGCGAAGAGAAAAAGGUACUGACCAGAUUCGAACUCGGAUUAAAUUCGUUUGUAGUCAUUUUACUCGUUUAAUUCUUUGUUCAAUUUUCUUUUUUGGUAAAACAGCUGGUAGACCUCCCCUUGGUCAAAUUCCAUUUAUUAUAACUCCUGAAGGAAAAAUCCUUGGACAAUCUAACGCAAUUGCGAAGUUCAUCUGCAAACAAGGAGGUAAGUCCUGGCCAACAUGCCAUCCCCUGGAGAACAUACAAUGAAGUCAUCAGAAAUUUUGUGAAAAGCAGAGUUUAUAAAUGUUUCCUUGCGUUUUUCUUGACCAUAUGCCAAGUAUUCGACAAUUUGUAAAUAAACAAUUAGGGCCUGUUUACAUGGAGGUGCGGAGCCCCAGAUAGGUGAGGUAACAUGUAGUGGGUCACCCCACCUAUCAUGUCAACGUGAUCAAAUUAAAAUGAGAGAUAAUAUGGACAGGCGGGUUACUCCAUCUAAGCGGGUUACCUCACCUACCUGGGGUCCCCCACCUCCAUGUAAACGGGCCCUUAGACAAUGACUCUAAUUGCUUCAAACAGCAGCGUGUGUGUGUGAAACAUGCGAUAUAUGCUUGGUUGUUGAGUUGAUUGUCAUUGACACAAAACUGUUUUUGUGAAGACUCCUAGGGUAUGUUUUCACUUAGGUCUAAGUCCAAGUGAUAGUUUUGACGAGGCCAUUGCCGACAUGAUAAGUGAUGGUGUUGAAGAUGUUGUUGCUAACAUCAUCGAGGCUUUCAUGGAAAAAGAUGAAGAUAAAAAGGUCAGUUUUUGAGUUAUGAAAAAUGUAAGGAGUUAUAUGUUAUUUCAUUUGUUUGAAGGUUCGUUUGUUCAACUGUUUAUUCUUUCACUCAUUCAAUCUACCCAUUAAACAUUCAUUCAAUGCAUUCAAUCCGAUUACAGAAAGGUCGUUUCAGAUGUUCUUUUUUUCUUUUGUGUAAUAGGUGAAGUUGCAGAAAGAUUUUUUUGAAAACAUUUUUCCUGCCAAACUCCGCAAUUUUGAGUCUCUUUUGAAAGAAAGAAAUGAAGGCAAAGGCUUUUUCCUGGGAGACGAGGUAAGUGUAAGAUGAACAUCCGUCUUUCAUAAAGAGGACUAGGGUCCUCGAGUUUGCUCAAGGUGACUCGAAACUUUUUAGCGGAGCUCCGGCGCGCGAAGCGCGCCAGCGGAGUACCAUGGGUAAGAAAAUUUGGUAAACCAUCCAUCCGAGAAAAUUUGGUUAUGACGUAGCGUACGCCCGCACACUCUUUGCGGGGGAGGGAAGGGAAUCAGGUGUCAGCCCGUCCAGGGGAGGAGUAUGUUAUAAAUCGCGCGAUGCAUUUGUGCAACCCGCUUUUUUCUUGGUGGGAAAUCGCGCAAGAAAUGGCGUGGCUGUCGUCGCGUUCAUUUUUCUCUUAAGUCACCCAGCCCUACCCUUAAACGUCAUAUGGAUCUCCCCAGUUCACCGAUUUGUGGAUUACAAGUUUAUUGUUUGAUUUAAAUUAUAAAUUAAUUACUAGAGCUACGCUUUUAGCCCUGGCUAAAUCUAUAUAUUAUUCGCGUGCGGUUGGUUACGUUUUGGACUCGCAAGCUCUAGCCAGAGAGAGAGGGGAGACGGGGAGGGGGGAGGUGCGGUUCAUGUAGGCUAAGACGGAUGGGGAGGGGGAGAGGGAAAGAAAAGCGAAAAGGGGACCCCGAUUCAGCCCUCCCUUGCACUUACCUUCAGACGCCUGCCACACACGCUGUACUUGUAAUAUUAUGAUAAUAAAUGUCUUGUCUUGUCUUGUCUUGAGCCAGCUCCAGCAAGAAAGAGUUCUCCGAUUUCUAUGAGUUUUGGUCAUCCUAGUAAAAUGAAGAACGGUGGAACUUACAAAAACUAUUAUUCAAUAACACUUUGACAAAAAAGUGAAAUCUUACCACAUAUUUCCCUAUUUUCACAAAAUAACCUUUUGUGCCCUCAAGCUUUGUAUUUGCAAUCGAGUUUGGAGGCGAUCAUGACCAUACAACUCGCUUCACAAAUUGCUGAGGUUUUCUUUCUUUAAAUGCCACGCUAACAUAAAAUUGAUAUAGCAUCUACGGAAAACUCUCACCAGUUCAGUUUUUGCAACGGAGGUUUCCUUUGUGAGGAGAAAUAAUGCCGCCAAUUCCAGUAUAUCUUACCAUCCACUUUAUAGCUGCAAUGAAAGCCUUGUGUUUGAUAAUAUAUAAUUUAAGAGAAUACAUUUCUGGUAACUAGCUUUCACACUCUCACAAGCUAUCUUUGUCAUCUCUAAAGGCAUUGUCGCAAAGUUAACAUGUGGAUAAAAUUGUAACAAUUAUUCACCGAAGUGGAGGUGGCUAGGCUACUAUUUACCGAACUGCGACUAGCCACCGACACUGAGGUGAAUAAUUAUUUUAGUAUAUACUAAAACAGUGAGAUAGUUGAGCACAAAAAUGAUGAUUUUUAACUCAAAUACUGUUGCCAACGAUUACAAUUUUGGCGCGUAAUGACCGGGCGGCCGCGGCCGCCGCUUUUUCUUGCCGACAAUUAAAACUUUUGAAGGCAUUUGUUUAGCUCUUGCGGGGAAGUUUCUUCAAAAGAAGUUGUGAAUUCUUUUUGUAUUUAAACUCAUUCUAUAAAAAAAGAUUAUUAAAUUUAGUUUUAAGCUUAUUUAUGAACAACUCAACUAAAUAAAGUAACGCAAGACUUAAACUUAAUUUGCAUUUGUAAACAAAAAACUUUUUCACCGGUUUUAUCGAUAAAUUCGUGUCAAAAAGACAAAGUUUUACCUGUUAAAACUUCCAAUCCGAACUUCGUCACCUUCUUCGUGUAUUUCGGAAACAGCUUGCUUGAUUAGUUGUGAAAUUUCUUUGUUUGUUUACGGCAGAAACCGGGAAGGCAUGUUGCUCGCAACUCACGCGAGUUUGGCGACGGUCGCUCGGAGGAACUGGAGGUGAAUCAGUGAAUAGUGCAGGAUAUUCACUGAUUGAGUAGCCAAUCAGAGCACGCGAAAAACACUAAACACUGUUUUAGUAGAUGCUAUUUAUUUACCCGUUAUUUACUACGAAAACAGAUUUUCAUAUUGUCAUUCUAAUUACCCUCAAGUGGAAGCGAGAUUAAAAAAUAACAUUAGUAAUUCCGAAAGUAACUUGAAUGCAUUAAUUUCUCUUCCUUUUCCCUCCCAGAUGACGUAUGCUGAUAUUACAUUCUUUAAUAUGUGUAACGCGUUUGCCGAGGGCAAGCCAAUUGUACCAAAGCAACUCAGUGAAUAUCCUCUCUUGGUUGAGCAUUACGAACGUGUUCUGAAUGUGCCGCAAAUAAAGGGCUGGAUUGAGAAACGACCGAAAACCGACCAUUAA